AGUAUGCAAAAUGGUGCUGUAUAUGUCGGUUGUGUCGUUUGCCUUUUCUCUUUUAUUAACUCCAUUUUUUAUGAUUUCUUUGGGAAUUCUAUUUCUUUCAUCAAUUGGAAAAUCAUUUGGAAUACGAAAAUUAUACAUAAAAAUGUUAUUAGCUUUAUUUGAGUUUGGCAGAUUGAAUAUUGAAAAAGUAAGAUUAGGAAAUAAUCUAGGAGAUAAAAAAGAUGAAGAUGAUGGAGGUGGUGGUAAUAACGACAGUGGAGGUGGCGAUGAUAAUGAUUCUACUAAUAACAGUGAUUUAAGUUCUAUCAACGAGAAAAAUAACAUUAAUGAUAGUAGAAACCAUAUGAGAAACCAUCACGAUGAUCUAGGAAAUACAGUUAUCGCGAGGUCCAAAGAUCUUAUUCUGGUGCCUGAUCCAGAAACUCAGCAUUAUAAAAAAAACAGUUCUAAUUCUAAUUCUCAAAAUAAAUCACUUAAUAUAGACAACAACGAAAAAGAGAAUCAUACUGAUCAAAGUGACUCACACUUUCCUACUAUUUAUACUGUUUUUGAAACAGACUUUUGUCUAGAUUAUGUUAGAGCUGGUGUAGAAGCUAUUAUUGAGGAUCAAGUAACUUCUAGAUUUGAAGCAGAAGAAUUAAAAAAUUGGAAUCUUUUAACACGUACAAAUCGGCGUUAUGAAUUUAUAUCAUGGAAAUUAACUAUAAUAUGGAUGUUUGGGUUUAUUUUGAGAUAUUUUUUCCUUUUACCUCUACGUAUUUUUAUUUGCUUUUUUGGAGUAAUGUGGUUGACUGUUUGUACAGCAAUAGUCGGUUAUGUUCCAGAAGGUAAAUUUAAACGAUGGCUGAACUAUAAAGUCUCAAUUAUGUGUUUUGGAGUUUUAUCAGGAGCUUUAUCAUCUGUUAUUAAUUAUCACAAUACAAAGUAUCGACCAGUCAGAGGUAUUUGCGUUGCUAAUCAUACUUCUCCAAUCGAUGUUCUCGUUUUGAUGUGUGAUAAUUGUUAUUCUUUAAUUGGCCAACGACACGGCGGAUUUUUAGGUAUUUUUCAAAGGGCAUUAGCACGAGCGUCACCUCAUAUUUGGUUUGAACGUUCAGAAGUGAAAGACAGAGAAGCUGUAACAAGAAGGUUAAAAGCACAUAUUUCAGAUCCUUCAAAUCCACCAAUUCUUAUUUUUCCGGAAGGAACUUGUAUUAAUAAUACCUCUGUAAUGCAAUUUAAAAAAGGUAGUUUUGAGGUAGGCGGUAUCAUAUAUCCAGUUGCCAUUAAGUAUGAUCCAAGAUUUGGUGAUGCAUUUUGGAACAGCAGUAGGUACUCAAUGGUCCAGUACUUAUACAUGAUGAUGUCUAGUUGGGCAAUCGUUUGUGAUGUGUGGUAUUUACCACCAAUGUUCAGAAAUGAAGGUGAAAGUGCAAUUGAUUUUGCCAACCGUGUGAAAUCUGUGAUUGCAAGACAAGGUGGUUUAGUGGAUCUUCAAUGGGAUGGCCAAUUAAAAAGAAUUAAACCCAAAAAAGAAUGGAGAGAAAAACAACAAGAAGAAUUAAGUAAACGACUGAAAGUAGAUUAAGCAAUUGUAACUAUUAUAUGGCACUUUUUUCCUACUAUUCAUGAAAUAUUCGAUUCAUUCUGAUCAUUUAAUAACUCGAAAUAACAGAGCAGGUAUUGAUAUUUUUUUUAAUUAUCAAUGAUCGUAAUAUAAUUUUUUAUAUAGUUAAAAUAUUAUCUAACCUUAACUCUUUAUGUAUAAAACAUGAAGAGAAAAGUCUUCAUAGUUCUUUAUUCAUAUGUACCUGACUGAUGUUAAAUGGUUUUAUUUAUGGAUAAAAACAUUAAAUACCAUUUCAUCGGAAUCGGUCUAAUCAAGAAAGUUGAUUCACACUAUUAAUUAAUUUUUAAAGUUAUAAAAUUGACAAUAUUCAUGUACAAAUAUUUAAUAUUUGUUUCAUUACUGUAUAAAAGUUUUUUAAUGUCAUCAAGGUCUACAACAUAUUACCAAGAUUAUCAGUAUGAUCAUAUUAUUUUCAGUAAUAUUUCUUUUUUUAUAAUUGUAAAAGUAAAUUAGCGAAAGAAAUUUCCUACUUUUAUAUUCCAUAUUUACAAGCUUGUAUCUUGUAUUCAAGUUUACCUAUCAAUUAUUUACAAUGUAUUUGUAUUUAAAAUCAAUCAGGCUCACUCAAAAUUUAUUAAAAUAUUAUUCUAUAAAGCCUACAUGCAUUAACUUAUAUUCUAUAAAAAAUCUAGUCUGAUAUAAAUAGUGGGAAUAAUAAUUACCGUAAGAAAUUAAUUUACAAUUGAAUAUUGUAACUCCAUAGUUUAAUUAUAAAAAUUCAUUCAUGUUUUUUUAUUAUUGUCAGCAAAUAUUAGUUAUAAUAGCA